UUGACUUAAUGUGUUUCUAUUGCAGGUCGUCCGGUAACUUCGGGAGCGCGGGGGGUGCGCGGUCCGCUCCCGGCACCCCGCUGGAGGCAUGUCCAUCCUCAGCCACAGCAUUGGCUGCAUCCAGCUCGUCCGCUGCCCCCAGCGCAGGCUCGGCCGCAAGUGGUUCCGCCGCCGAUUCACCGUUCGCAGCUCAGCAAUCGCAGCAAGCCGGCGCGCCGCCCCCGGAUCUGCUCAUCCAACCGCCUCCGUGUGCGCAGUCUCAAUCGGGCGCCUCCAGCGUUCCAGUGCCGUCUGCGUCGGCCACGCCUGCUACAACGCCCUCGGGCUCUUGUCCGCCUCCCAGUCCAGGUCAUCAGGCAACAUUCUCAAAGUGUGACAAAGCUUCUUUGAAGCACCUAUCAACCUCCACGCCAGUAAUGACGGCUCAAGCUCAACUUUCGGAACCACCGAGCCCCAAACCCGUCAAGGAGGCUAAGGUGCACACAACUUCCAAAGCCAGGCAGAAGAAGUUCCUCCGACACUUUCCAAAUGUGGAAGAGGAUGAAAAAGUGCUCAAUCACUACUCUUGUGCGCUCAUCGGCGACAUUUUGCUCCAGGGGCAUCUGUAUAUCACAAAGAACUAUUUUGCCUUCUAUUCAAACGUCUUCGGAUAUGUUACCAAGCUGCUGAUUCCUAUACUAACUGUUGAAAACAUAACAAAGGAGAAAACAGCUAGAAUCAUCCCAAACGCAGUGGGUAUUGCUACUAGCGAAGACAAGCAUGUAUUUGGAAGUCUUAUAUCUAGAGACAGCACGUUACAUUUCAUGAGGGCCGUUUGGCAGAAGGCAAAGAAUGCCUCCCCUGUAAUUAUUGAACCGGAAAUCGAGGAACCUGAUCUAGAUUCCAGUGAUUCGGUAGACGGGGAGAGUGGGAGAGAUUCACCACCACCAGACGACCUCACAGCCACAUUUCCAUUAGUAAAAUUAGUUAAAAGUACAUCUACAUCGCCAACAGAAUCCGCAUCCUGUGAUAGCAAAGACCCGCGGCAAACAGUAUCUGACCGAGUGUGUAGUCUAGUCAAAACCAUAAAAGAGACCAUAGUUGAGUUUAGGAAACUACCCAGACAGAGUUUGGUGCUUUGCGCAACUACUCUGCUUUUGGUGCUUCUAUUCUUUUCGGCGGGAGUACUGCUUUAUCGUAUCAGUCAAAUCCAAAAUAGGUACUCCUUAGCUCUGAUGCAAGAAGCGGUGAGCAGUGCAAGUACUAGGGGUGCAAGAGAUGUUUACAGUGACUUGUUACAUUGGCAUUCACAGAUGCAUACAAAAUCGGCAGGUGCUGUCAACAAUUUCUUGGAUUCCAACUUAGAGAUGGUCGCACAGGUGAGGGAGUCUUUGGAAGCCCUGUCCACGCUGUUGGUGCAAAACGAUCAGAUAGUUCCAGAGAAAAGUAACGCCGAGCCGCAACAUUCUGGUGAAACUGUCAAAAAUGAUAACAGCUAGCAACUUAAUAUUAUUCACGCCACGCCCAUCAGCAAAGCUAAGGUGAAGCUCUAAGAAAGAAAUAUCUGCGGUCAAACCCAACAGUAUUUUGAUAUAGUUUACGGAGCAAUAGUUGAUCAUAUAAAAGCUUUUAAAAUGGAUGAUUGAAGAAGAUAUAUGAAAAUGUGAUAUGUACUCGUAAGGGUAGAGGAAGCUAAAGUGAAUAAAUUUAAUGUGAAUACAACUGUUUGCAUGGUGAUAUAAGAUGAACAAGGGAAUGUAGGAAUAAAUUUAUUUAGAAUUCGGAACAUCAUUUUCCUAACAUUUAACAUUAGAUUAGGUUUUAUCUGAUACAAGAGCAUAAGCUAUAAUGAUGUAUUAGACUCACACAAUACCUUAAAUGGACUGGACAUUUUUUAGUGAUUAAGAAAAAUGGCUAAAUAAGAAUUAAUUUAAAAUGAAUCAGUAGUAUGAGGAAGUUUUUUCUUACGGAAUCAUGCAAGCAAGUGUACAUAAAACUUAUUAUGGGCUGGUGCAAGAUAUUGUGAUAUUUCGGUACAUAUGUUGUUGGUUUGUAUAUAUAGAUGAAUAGGUGCAUUGAAGGGAACGGUUUUUGUGGAAUUUUAAAAGUUCUUACAAUUUCAGCUAUUAUUGCUAUGAUGAAUCAUUGCCAAAUAAAAAUUGCCAUAACAUAUUCUCAUAUUAAGUACAUAUAGAUUAGAAAACAGGUAACAACUAGUGGUACAUACUAUAAAGUAAUAGUGAAUAAUAGUGAAAAGACACACUUGGCACGAUUGCACACGUGUUGAUAUACUUGACAGCUGGUUAAAAUUUUAAUAUUCACGUAUAUGAUGAUAUCUAUUUGUCAAAACUUGUUUUACUAUUUCACUUUUCAACAUUGUGGAGUCGCCUCUAAAUGGGCAAUGUUUUUGAAGUUGUAGGCGUCGCGGCCGAUUAUAUUUCGUUAAUUCGGAACUUUGACAGCAAUAUAUGAGGAUAGAUCAAAAAUGUUAAACAUGUGUAGCAAAAAUAUUGCCGCGUAUUGCUGGCUACUCUGUCGUAACAUGAUUAUCCAGUACUCAUAAAUAUUCGCCGUUAAAGGGUAAAUUAUUCACCAUUCAAAAACUUCAAAAUGUUCAUAUUUGAAUUCAUGUCGUGAAUGAAAUAAUAAAAUACAGAUUCUGUAAGCGGUAGUAGUUUCGUAUUUUCAUCCAUAUCAAAUGCUCAAUGCUAAACAUUCAGUUUUCUACUAGUGUUGCUCAAAAUUUGGCUCUUUCGAAAAUCAUAAAAUAUAGCUCUGUCAUUUUCAAUACAAUGUGUAUAAGACAGUCAUUUUAUUCAUAGAGUAAAGGAACUAGCAGUACAUGAUGGGUAGUCAAUUGAACCUUAGUUCCACCAGUAAGUUACAUUUUAAUAGAACGUAGAAAGAGUAUCUGUCAAAAGAACCUCAAACAUCUUAAAAGCGGGUACGAAAGCUAUGUGUUUCGACGUUAUAGUCAAGCGGAAUCGCACAGCAACCCUCUGUUGCGCGACUCAGUGUACUACACAGUGGAGCAAGCUCGUAAACAUUCAAGGCCACGGCUCGCACUGUAAUCAAAAAUUAGCGCGAAUUUUUAGUAAACCUAAAAUUACACUCUAACAGAACCGAAUCAAAAUUUUUUUAGUUCACCUCAAAAUUAAUCCGUGUACCAAGUCAAAAAGCCUAGGUAUCUCCUCUUAACCUAAACACUUCUGUUUUUCUUUGCUCUUCUCCAUUUUUCUUCUCUUUCCCUUUCUCUUCGUCCUUGACAUUGUCUGGUUUCUGAACAACCAGUACUGACAGAUUCGGCUAACGUACAUUAGACAUUUACUAAUACGCACAGGUCCUAUGGACCGCCCAGACAAACAAAUGACGAAUAGUUAGCGAUGUGUUUUCCAUGAGAACACCUUUUUUGCCUCAGUAUGCUACAAUUCUUCCUAGAGACAGAGUAUCGUGACUAGUAUGAAUGCAAAGCAUCUGCUUCAUUGCUCGGUUCAAGUUUGCUCUCUGUAUUAGAUUCUGUUGAGGUACGACAUUAACAUGCUUCCCCUCAACAAUCUCAUCAUCCGCGAAUCUUACAAAUUCUACCCCCACUCAGUUGGUCUAUAAAAGCAUCCAAUAUAAUUGUAGCUCUUUACACAUUGCUCAUCUGUAAAUACAUAACUUGUUACCUGCAUCAUAGUGAGGUUCUUGGUUCAAAAGUAGUGCACUCGCGUGAUGUGAUUUUAGCAUGCUGAAAUUGCGAUUCAAAUGACUUGCAGUCACCGUUCUUGGCGGUUACGUCAUCUACGCCAUAUGAAAUAAGUAAGCAGAUCGAGUCUCCGUACCAUGGGUGCAGACUAAUCUUCAGCGCCUCUGCUACUCUCCCAAGUACGCAUGAAGUGGGUAACCUGGGACAGCUGUUUCUGUUCUUUUCUUGGAAAUACUCUAAUAAAUUUAGCACGAGCUGUCGGCCUUCUCCAUUGAUCGUAUUUCCGGGCACUGUACAAUUUUACAUUGAAUUUUGAUAACAGGACAACCCAAACUGCACGCCGAUGUCAAGUAAGCUGUCACUCUGACAAAUAUGAUUGAAGGGCACUCAUACAUAACGACAAAGUUUUCGAGACGCUGACACAUAACUAAAAAACGCAUGUCUGAGCUUACCGAACAAACGUUCACACACAGGGGCAGGUUGCAUGUGUUUGUAUGAGGGAGAUGGAAAUAUAUAAAGAUAUACUGGUAGUCUUACUUUGACCCGCCAAGAAUGGUGACUACAACUAUUCAAGUGUAAGUAUAUUUUUUACCUGUUACUUAAAUUUUAUUGUAAUCUAUGUGGAGGUACGUGUAAGUUUUGUGAUAAAAUGUUGAGGCAGAAAUCAAAUACUUUGAACUGAAGCGUAUGUCAGAAUUAGACAACAUUAUGUUAUGACCGUGUUGGGUCUAGUUUUAGAUAAAGUUCGGUAUAUUCCUGUUUUGUAAGACUAUAGUAGCUUUUUUAUUUUAUUUAAACGUUUUGGUGUAAUGAUUACAAUUUUUUGUUGAUAUGACUUUUGCCCCACACGCUAAUUCAACUUGUACAAGUUUUCUUCAACACAACAUCUAUUUCAUAGGGUACGAUAGGACAUCAUUUAGCUCAAUGUGAAACAAAACUUUUACCAAUGUCUCUAUAAUUGUGGAAGUUUGAAAACGAGUCUUAAAACUCAGCUACUAAGAUGAUCCUUCAAACCACUAUAGAAAACAUGAUCGAUUAAGUUGAAGAACAUAGGUAUAGAUAAUAUAAAAAUCGAGAUUAUGAUUCCAAUGUGCAAAUUUAUUAAGAUCUUGUCUAUCAGUGGAGCAUUGGAACUUUUAUGGGUGAUACGUUGGAAUCGGCAACUAAGUUAUCCCUUGUAGUGUAAGUUUCUGAUAUAUUGUGUAGUACAGGCCUAAGUAGGAUUAUUUUGUACUACUUCCUUCAGGAUUUUCAAUAUUCCAAGCACCGAUUUCAAGGACACUGUAUCACUGGAUAUCAGUGUCUACAUCACCAGGUGACGAAACUUGCGCGGUAUUUUUUGUCAUAAGUUGUAAAUGAAUGUUCCUGACUCAACUGUUGAGUUGAUUCAUCAAAGCAUCCAACUUAAAACUGUGUAGGAUACUUUAUAUGACUAGAACGGUAUUACUACGUAGAUACUUGUUUGUAACAUCUACAAAAUACAUACUAUUAUAUUUAUGCAAUUUAAGUAGUUGCAAUUUCGAAAAUCUUGUUGUUAGCGUCAAAUAACAAAAGAUAGAUUUAUGUAUGGUAUUGAGCCAAGAUCAUACUGUUAAAGCACUGAUACCAUUCAGUACAGGUAGAGUUGUAGACACUCAUAUAUUUUUUCAUAUAAUCAUAUGUUACACAAAAUGUAUAUAUACAUUUACAUGUAAACUGUAAGCAGAUAUUUACUGUUUAAAAAUUUAAAGUCAAACUUCUUAGUAAUUUUUUUCAUCAUGGCAAGCAUUUCACUUUUUUUUAAACCUCCUAAAGUCACUUGGAGGACAUUUUGAUGGUAUUGGUUAUGUAUUUUUUAUUCAUCAGCAAAGCUUGUACUGUGUCAUAAAUGAUUUGACAGUGGUACCUUGAGGUUAUUUGUAUCAUAUGUUUUGUAUGAUAUUUGUUUCAUUUUAUCUGCGUACAGAGAUUCAUAGAUGUUCCUUACUUUGUUAUGUGGAGUACUAUAUAAAUAUGUCUUUAUUUAGUUUUAGAACUUUACAGUCUUUUUGUUAAUUUGUAUGUCUGUUAAGAGGACGCCAAUAUUUAAAAUCAAUGUUUUGCUCAUCAAUACAAGUAGCUAAAAGCGCUCAAGUAGUGUAGAUUAUAUUCAACAAGCACAUAAUCUCAAUAGUAUUGUAUUGAAGAAAAUGUCACCAUAACAUGUAUUUUUCGUUAACUUCAUGAAGUCCUCUUAAGUGUCCCCUAAUAUAGAAAAACCUGUGAUAUAUUUGUUUUGCUUUUUCCAUUUGAACAAUAAAAUAUUUAAUUGAUGCUUUGUCUGUUAUUUAAAAGGAAAACAAAAAUCUUGGUCACGUACUAUAGAAGUAGGAACUCUAGUUUUGGGACAAGCGGUUUGAAUAUACGAGGGGGUACUUAAAAAAAACCGGAAUUAUUUUUUAAAAGCAAUUUGUUUUCAACUUUUUCACAAUUAACCUUAUCUGCUUCAAAAUAUUGUCUAC